UUCGCGCGCUUUUCUCUUCAUCUUCUUUAAACUGCGCGUAAAAUAACUUGUGGACGUUGCUGAAGGAGGGAAAUAAUAUAUUUAAAGAGCUCAAAAUCCAAGCAUCGCCACGCCAUGGACAUUGACUUCGGCGCGGAGGCGGGGCAGUCCUACCGCACGGUGCAGCUUUCCGCCAAAGAAGUGCUUUCAGCCGGUCGUCGUCAGCAUUAUUGCAACAUGAUGGACUUGCUGGCCAGCAGCUGCAAGAGCUCCGGACUGAUCGGCACCUCCUUCACGGACGACGAACUGGUGGAGUUUUGGCUGUGCGACAUUCUGCCCCUGAUGUUCGAUGCGGACCGCAAGAUCCAGGACUGCGCCGUGGCCGCUCUGGCCGAGGCGCUGGUGGCCCUCGAUGUCUCAUCCAUCCACUCGGCCAGGUGCUGGCCCCAGAUCCGUAGUGAUUUCGUCAACAAGUACACCACACAGAUCGGCGAGAUGCGCGACGCCAAGAACUCCAACUGGCACAAGGUCUGGACACUGCUGGUGCAGAUCAUGGACGAGGAUCUGUUGAGGGGCUGUGUGUACAUCAACAAGUUCCUGGCCCUCGUGGAACUGGGCUUCCGCAAUCCGGACAACGGUGUGCGGUCCGAGGCCUUCCUCUGCUGGCGCGUGCUCAUCAAGAUCUUUGCCGCCUACGAUGAGUUGGCCUCCGUGAAGAGGCUCCGUCUGCUGCUGAUCCCGCUGCGCACCUCGCAGUCGCGCUCCUCGCACGUGAGUGGCAUCAAGCUGCGGGUGUGGUGGUACCUGCUCACCUGCUUGGACCAGGAGCUGCCCAAGUCCUUUGACAGUGCCGUGGAGCACUUCCUGGCCUUCAUGUUCGGCGGAGGACCGCGAAAUCUGCCCACCGGUCUGGCCCACAACUACCAGACGGCCCGGGAGUUGGCCCUGCCCUGCCUGGUGGCCCUAUGGGGCGUGGAGUCCAGUGAACCGCUGCACCGACUGCUCAGGGAGCUGCGUCUGGAGACCUUCGCCCAUCCGUCGCCUCUGAUGAGCAGCGAGGUGCUGCAGCAGCACUGGAAGCCACUUUUGGCCGCCGCCGUGUCCGGAAUGAAGCUGCUCACCGAGAACGACGCCACCGAGGCGGAGCAACUCCUGCUGCAGCUGCUCGUGCGGAACCUGUGCCUGGCCAUGUUCCGGCUGGCAGUGGCCCCCUUCACCGUGGCCUGUUGCGCUGAGAUCGAGCAAAUUUUGAUCGCUGAAAGCGCCUCCGGUGGCCGUGUGGUGAGGGCCCUGUUCAACACCAUUGCUGGGGAGAGCCUGGUGAUGGAGCGUGUGGCCGGAAGUGAUCACCUGGAUGUUCUGGAGGCCUACCUCAAGCUGAUCCUGAAGGCCAGGACAGAAGUGCCAGCCGCCAUCCUGCAGAGGAGCAUUGCGUGCAUCUUCGCCGCCGAUCGCAUUGAGGCGGGCAACCAGAACGAGUUCCGGCUGCUGGGCUCCUUUGCCGAGCACCUGAUGCAGGCCAACGACGAGGAGGACUUCGAGGGUUUCGCCGUGAAGCUGCAGGUGUGGCGACAGGUGUCGCAGGCCCUGUCCAACUACCUGCGCACCAAUGCGCUCGAAUACCGAGUGGCGCAUAAUGCCUCGCUUCUGGACACCUGGUUGCUGUGGCCACUCCAGACAUUGGCCGCUUUUGCCGGACGCCGUGCCAGCAACUCCUUUGAUGGCGCCUUUUGCGAACAGUGGCGCCAGCUACUCAAUGCUGGUCAGAAUGCCGCGGAGAGGAAGAAGUUCCUGGGCGACUUGAAGACCACACUUGCAGACCUGUUCAAGAGCAAGGACGAACCGCUCUUCGCGGAGCUCUUCGAUGCCUACGUGGCCUCCGUGCUCAAGCUUGGCCUCUGCAAGGAGGGGCCGCUGUACAAGGACGUGUUUGCCCUUCUCCAGACCAUCUUUGAGCACCCCUCCUCGCAGCAGAUGCUCGAGGCCUGCCUGAACACCCUGCGCAACUUGGUGCUGGAGCUGCGCCAGAACGAACUAAUGGUGGUUUUUGAUGCCCUGAAGCCCACGUUGUCCGCUGGCAUCCAGUGCUGGGGCAAGAUGAAAUGCGAGGGAGGCUUCCUGGAGGAGUGGAAGCGUGCCAUCCAGGAGAAGUUCCGAAAGCUGCCCAUGAAGAGCAUGGCCAAUCAGCUGAGGGACCUCUUCAAGGGCGACGAUCUCUUCGUGAUCAUCCCCUCGGUGUGGAGCCUGAACCCCGAGAAGCUGACGGAUCGCCAGAAGGAGCGCUUUGCCGAGAAGUCCGACAUUCCGGCUCUGUACAACGACAUGUCGCAGUCGCAGGACUCGGCCUCCAUCAAGCCCUGGACGCCCAAGAAGGUGGUCAUCGCCAGGAGCAAGCAGGGUGAGCUGGCCCUAACCGGCAAGGAUGACAACGAGGAAGUGAUCGACAUCACGGCAAGCGAGGCAUCCGACAAGGACCAAGUUGCAACUGACGCAGCCACCCCAAUCCGCAAGACACCCGGCCGCAAACCCAAAGCCCAAAAGGAAGAGGAGGCCAAGCCGCCAAUGCGUCAGACGCGUAUGCGGGCGGCUCAAAAGGAAACGGAACAGGCGCCGCCCACGCCCACGCCCGACCGCCCACUGAGAUCGCCCAAGAAGGUGCCACCGCCUCCGGUCGCUCAAUCCACAGCAGCUGCCGGCAAGCAGACAAAGACUGCAAAACCCACCCCCGUUGUAGUGGUCGAACAGAGCGAAGAUCUGUUCCCAGAAUUCACCGCCGAGCCUGAGUCGCAACCUGAGCCAGAACCGGUUAGGAAACCCGAAACAGCCACCGAAAUACAGCUUACGCCGCCAGAUGUGCCCGUUCCCGUGGAAGGCGUGCCCUCCACCCAACUGCCCGGGAGCAGCGGCGAAGCUCCUCCUCCUCCCGCCGCUGUUGUUGUGGCUGCCGUGGAAACUUCGCCCAAGAAGCCCAGCACGCGGAUAUGUAACUUGAACUCCCCACCCGAUCGCAAGCAGACAAACAACUCCUCGAGUCCCACGCUGCGGCCCAAGCCCACGGGCCAUUUAACCGGACGCGGUGCCCAGCUGAUCAACAUGAUCCGCAACAAGAAGCUGGACACUGCCGCCGGUUCCCCCUAUGCCGCCAUGUCGACCUCGCGACUGGUCCACCAGGUGACGCCAGCCCGUAUACUCGAUCGCGCCGAGCAGGUGUCCACGCCCACCAGCGAACUCAACGAGCUGACGGGCACGGAGCACACCUCCACGCCGAUCCAGGCACAGCCCUCCAAGGAUCUGCUGACGUUCUCCAAGCGACUGCCCUCGCCCUCGGCCAGUCCCUCGGUGAGCAUCCUGAAGCGGAAGCUGCGGUGCGAGAGCCUGGACGAUGUCACCCUGGACUCGCCGGCGCUGAAGCGCAAGCGGGUGAGCUUCCACGACCCGCCGGUGUCCGUGACCAAGGAGUACCUGCGGGACUCCGAGGAGACGCGCAGCACCCUGAAGCCCAAGCGAUGCCUGCUCAUGGACAAGGUGGCCCAGACCAGCGAAAUGCGCCAGGCGUUGAGGCGACGUGGCCGCCUGGACAGCAUCAUCGAGAUCGAGCGCUUCGCCAGCGAGCAGACGGCCAGGACGGCGACGACGGACAAGACGCUGGACAAGUCGGCGGGCGGAGAAGCUCCCGACGAGGAUGCCUUCACCAGCCUGAAGUGGAACGACACGGCAAACGCGCAGAACAUAAGCCUCACCGAAGAGCCCGUCAAGGCCAUGGAGGUGGAGCCGCUGGCGCCAGAGGUAGCUGCUCAGGAUCUGGCCAUCAUGGAUCCAGAGGCCGCCCUCGGGCUGGUGGUGGAUCAGCUGCCGCUGGAGUCGGUUCUGCAGCGCUAUUUCGACAAGGGUCAACUGAAGAGCGCCGGCACGCUGGCCAAGUUCCUCUCCGCCCAGAUGGGCGCCAACGAGAAGCUGAAAACGAAUGUGCUGGAGACGCUGUCCGAGAAUCACUCCAAGGACUUCCUGGACCACGCUGUGCGCGAGAACCUCUCGUCGGUGGUGUGCGAUCGCCUCAAUCCCAACUCCGUGCUGGAGUACGUCUGCGCCAAGUCCAAGAUCAGCAACAGUUGCCGCAGCGGGCUGCUGGCCCAGGUGCCGGAGAUCCUCAAGAGCGGCCCACGCUCCGACGUCGAGCGAAUGGCCUUCGUGCAGCAGCUGCUGGUGCAGUGCAGCCCCGGCGACGAGCAGCUCCUCGAUCUCAUUGACCUCUUGAUGCGGACGCGUCGCGAGCGGGACGCCAGCACAUCCCAAUCGCAGCACAACAUGCCCAAGGGAUUGCCGUCCACGCUCGGGAGCCCUGACAACGUGGCCGAGACCGCGGCCGACUCCUCUUCCAACCUGUGAAGCCAGAGAUGAAAUAUUGCGUAGUUUGCCAUUGCCCUCUUUUGAGGAUGGGAAAUCGUUUGUAUCUGCUUAGUUUUAGUUAGUUACGUUUACUUUUCAUUAUGGUUUAAGACUUUAUGCCCUUUGGUGUAUUACGUUUCGGCUGCAAGGACUUGCAUCAUUUUACAAUAAACUAUAUUUUAUUUUUAA